AUGUUAUUUUAUGAAGAAAAUAAAAGGCCAUCAAUAGAAUAGAUUUAUAAUCAAUUCAACAAUUACUUAAAUCCAUAAUCUAUAGUUAUUCAAUAAAUUGUACUCAAACCAGAUAAUUUAGAACCAUAAUAACCAUAAGCAACUAAAUAAUAAGAAUAAAUAAAGCCUCAAAAUACAAAUCCUACUAUUAAAUUUUAAACUAAUAGUUCUGAAUAAUAAAAUCAAAAUAAAGAACUUAAUUUAAAUUAAGAAUAAACAAAGAUUACAUAAGAAAUGAAAAAAGACUAGAUUGAAUUAGAAGAAUUUAAUUAAUCCUAAUUAAAUUAGAUAUAAAAAAUUGUUGAGGAUAACUAGAUUAAAAUAUUAGAAUAAAUCAAUAGCAAUGUAGAAUCAAAACUUAAUGAAUCUAAAAAUUAAUUAUAAAGCCACGAUGUGGAUAUAAAAAAUUUAGGUUAAAAAAUAUAAGAUAUUGAAAACAAUAUGAACAAAAAACAAGAAGAGGAUAAACAUAAUUAAACAUAAAUUUAAGAAUAAUAGAGAAAAUUAGAUGAAUAAAAUAAAAAUUAAAUUAAAGAAAUAGAAUCUUAAAUCUAAAAAGAAAAAAAUGAUGAAAAAUAAACAUUAGAUAAGAAAUUGGAAUAAUUUUAAUAAUAAUUAGAAUAAUUAUCAUAAUAAAUAGAUAUGUAGAGAAAAAAUAUUGAAGAAUAGGACAUAGAAAAAUACAUAAAACAAGAAAUAUCACAAGAGAAUGAAAAGUUAAUUAAACAAUUAGAAUCAAAAUAUAAAAACUAAUUAGACCAUAUGUAAUAAUCACUGGAUCAAGUAUCAUAAACAUAGAAAGAAUAAAAUGAUUCUUUUAUUUCUCUUGUCAAAAAAAGUUAAAAUUAAGUAGAGGAAAUUGAAGGGUAAUGGAAAAAUUAUGAACAAUAAAUAUAUCACUCUUUAAAUGAAAUGAAAUUGUAGUUGGAAAAUUUAUAAUAAUCACAAUUAACAUUAACUUAGUAAUAUAGAAAUGAUAAUUCAGGACAAUAAUUAUAAGAUAAUUAGACACAAGGAUAAAAUAUAACUAAUCAAUAUAAAAUUUCAUCUUAAAAUAUCUAGAAUAAAACCAAUGAUUUUGAUCAAAGAUAAGUCAAUUAAAAUAUCUAAGAUAAACAAAUAUUUGUUCAAUAAUUAAAUUAAUUAACACCAAUGUUGGUCUAAGAUUUAACAUACGUAUUAUAAAAUUAAUCUAUUUAAAAUGAAAAAAAUUAAAAUAAUUAAUAAAGUAAUUAAUAAUAAACUUCNAGGAUAAUCUCAUUAAGAUAUAAAUAGAAAAAUUAAAAAUCAUAAAACUAAGCCAGAAUUGAUUAACAAUAAAAUCAAUUAAUUAUAAACUUCAUAAUAAUUUAAAAACAUUUUAAUUUAAAUGUUAUUUUAUGAAGAAAAUAAAAGGCCAUCAAUAGAAUAGAUUUAUAAUCAAUUCAACAAUUACUUAAAUCCAUAAUCUAUAGUUAUUCAAUAAAUUGUACUCAAACCAGAUAAUUUAGAACCAUAAUAACCAUAAGCAACUAAAUAAUAAGAAUAAAUAAAGCCUCAAAAUACAAAUCCUACUAUUAAAUUUUAAACUAAUAGUUCUGAAUAAUAAAAUCAAAAUAAAGAACUUAAUUUAAAUUAAGAAUAAACAAAGAUUACAUAAGAAAUGAAAAAAGACUAGAUUGAAUUAGAAGAAUUUAAUUAAUCCUAAUUAAAUUAGAUAUAAAAAAUUGUUGAGGAUAACUAGAUUAAAAUAUUAGAAUAAAUCAAUAGCAAUGUAGAAUCAAAACUUAAUGAAUCUAAAAAUUAAUUAUAAAGCCACGAUGUGGAUAUAAAAAAUUUAGGUUAAAAAAUAUAAGAUAUUGAAAACAAUAUGAACAAAAAACAAGAAGAGGAUAAACAUAAUUAAACAUAAAUUUAAGAAUAAUAGAGAAAAUUAGAUGAAUAAAAUAAAAAUUAAAUUAAAGAAAUAGAAUCUUAAAUCUAAAAAGAAAAAAAUGAUGAAAAAUAAACAUUAGAUAAGAAAUUGGAAUAAUUUUAAUAAUAAUUAGAAUAAUUAUCAUAAUAAAUAGAUAUGUAGAGAAAAAAUAUUGAAGAAUAGGACAUAGAAAAAUACAUAAAACAAGAAAUAUCACAAGAGAAUGAAAAGUUAAUUAAACAAUUAGAAUCAAAAUAUAAAAACUAAUUAGACCAUAUGUAAUAAUCACUGGAUCAAGUAUCAUAAACAUAGAAAGAAUAAAAUGAUUCUUUUAUUUCUCUUGUCAAAAAAAGUUAAAAUUAAGUAGAGGAAAUUGAAGGGUAAUGGAAAAAUUAUGAACAAUAAAUAUAUCACUCUUUAAAUGAAAUGAAAUUGUAGUUGGAAAAUUUAUAAUAAUCACAAUUAACAUUAACUUAGUAAUAUAGAAAUGAUAAUUCAGGACAAUAAUUAUAAGAUAAUUAGACACAAGGAUAAAAUAUAACUAAUCAAUAUAAAAUUUCAUCUUAAAAUAUCUAGAAUAAAACCAAUGAUUUUGAUCAAAGAUAAGUCAAUUAAAAUAUCUAAGAUAAACAAAUAUUUGUUCAAUAAUUAAAUUAAUUAACACCAAUGUUGGUCUAAGAUUUAACAUACGUAUUAUAAAAUUAAUCUAUUUAAAAUGAAAAAAAUUAAAAUAAUUAAUAAAGUAAUUAAUAAUAAACUUCAGAUUAAUAAUCAAAUAUUUAAGAAACAACAUAUUUUUAAGAAUAAAAAAGUGAGAAUCCUUAUUUAAAUAUAUAAUCAACAUAGGAAUACAAGAAUCUUAUUUAAAAUUUAAGAUGUGAAUUUUAGAAAUAAGGUAAUUAGUAUUAGGAUGAAAUUAAAAAAUAAUAAACAGCAUUAGCAGAGUUAAAGAAUAAAAAUAAAAAAAUUAAGAAAAAAAAUGAAUAAUAAGAAUAAUAAAUUGAGCAAUUGAAAAACACCGAAAAACAAGUUUAGUUCUUAAUUGAACACUUCAAGAAUAAGUAGAAUCUAUAAGAAUUUAUGAAAAAAAAUAAUAAACAAUAUUUGGAAUUGGUCGAGCUUAUAAACGAAAAUAAUUGUUGA